UCCGCACAGGGGCUGCCAACUCGCAGUAAUUAUCUGCAUCGGGGCAGACGUCCUCAGAGAAUCGGCUUUAGUUUUCCAGACCUCAGGCACCACCAGUCUGUCAGGGCACCUCGAAGUCGCAACAUCAUCAACAUAAUGUGGCUGCUGUUGCCUAUUCUGCUAUAUUCGGCGGUAUUCCUCUCGGUUCGCCACAUUUACAGCCACUGGCGACGCAGGGGAUUCCCCUCGGAAAAGGCCGGCAUUACGUGGAGUUUCCUGCAGAAGGCCUACAGACGGGAGUUCCGACACGUGGAGGCCAUCUGUGAGGCCUACCAGUCGGGGAAGGAUCGGCUUCUGGGCAUCUACUGCUUUUUCAGGCCUGUUCUUCUGGUGCGAAAUGUGGAGCUGGCCCAGACGAUUCUGCAGCAAUCGAAUGGACACUUCAACGAACUGAAGUGGGACUAUGUCGCGGGUUAUAGCAGGUUCAAUUUGCUGGAGAAACUGGCGCCCAUUUUUGGAACCAAACGAUUGUCCGAGAUGUUCGGGCAGGUCCAGAAAGUAGGUGAUCAUUUAAUUCGCCAUCUGCUGGACAGGCAAGUUCAAGGAUGUCCACUGGAAGUGGAUCUCCAGCAAAAACUAAGAGUUUAUUCCGUCAACAUAAUUGCCAAUCUGAUUUACGGCCUGGACAUUAAUAACUUUGAGCACGAGGACCACAUCUUGACCAGCUACCUGAGCCACGGUCAGGCUUCGAUACAAUCCUUCACUUUGGGUCGCCUGUCGCAGAAAUCUUCAUAUACCUACCGCUUAAGAGAUCUCAUUAAACAAAGCGUCGAGCUACGUGAAGAUCAAGGGUUGAUACGCAAAGAUAUUCUACAACUACUAGUCAGAUUUAGAAACGGCAAUGAAGUUAGUGGCGAUAAAUGGCAACUGGAACCGGUUAAUGAAGCAGACAAACUGUUGUCCAUCAAACGCUUGGCUAAAGUUGCCGAGGAUCUCUUGAAAGUAUCUCUAGAUGCCGUGGCUUCAACUGUAACCUUCACCCUCUUGGAAAUCCUGCAGGAACCUUUAAUAGUGGAAAAACUGCGAGCGGAAAUAAAGGAGCUGAGCAAUGAAAAUGGCCAGCUCAAAUUUGAAGAGCUUAAUGGUCUGAGGUAUAUGGACAUGUGUCUGAAAGAAACGCUUCGCAAAUAUCCACCUCUACCCAUUAUUGAACGUGUUUGCCGCAAAAGUUAUUCGCUACCCAAUUCAAAAUUCACAAUUGAUGAGGGAAAGACUUUGAUGGUGCCUUUACUGGCCAUGCACAGAGAUGAAAAAUACUUCAGUGAGCCUAUGAAAUAUAAGCCACUUCGGUUUCUGCAAACUGCCAAUGAUGUGGGCCAAUGUGAAGACAAGACAAAGAGCAAUAUCUUUAUAGGAUUUGGCAUUGGGGGAUCACAGUGUGUGGGACAGAACUUUGCCAAGUUGGUAAUUAAAGUGGCCCUGAUCAAAUUACUUCAAAACUUUCAUUUGGAAUUGGAUGCGAACCAGGUGAAGACCCUUGAAGUUUCCCACCGGCCAGCUCCUUUUAUACACACAAAGGAUGGGCUAAAAGUCAAAUUGAAGAGACGCGAAAUAAACACGAAAUUUUACAGCUAAACUAAGUUAAGCUAAGUUAAGUUCUUUAAUUUGAGCAUCUUUUUCAACACUUUGUCGUGUGUGCGCGACACCUGAAAUUAUGCUAUAAAUAAAAUUCAGUAUAUUAUGGCCACA